GAAGGACGGGCUCGGCGUCCAGGGUAGGCCGGAGUUCCAGGCCCAGGCCUAACUCCGUGUUCUAGGCCCCGGCUCCAGGACGGGCCCGUGACCACGGCGACACGCUGGUGACAGCGGAGGACGCAGCGGGCCGCUCGUGGAAGAGCCUGGGCUCGCUGCGGAGCCGCGGUACGUGGCGGCGCCUCCCCCUUGGCUGGGAGCGGAACUGCGGAAGGAAGGAGCGGCCUCUCAGGCCUGACGAGGUGAGCCAGGUCAUUUAACUGGCUUAGGUGAUGACUCAUCUGCAUAAUAAUCAGAUUUGAAGUCCACAGCCCUUUGUGGUCCCAGGAACGGUUUUCUGUGCAUGACUGACGGGUGUGCCCUGAAGGGCCUCACAGUGACUGCUAACCCUCGUUAAGGAAAGCAAGCUCGCCUGCUCUCUGGAUGUCCUCUUUUCCUUUUUAACAAUCCGUUUGUUAAUCUCUUUCUCCAGCAUACAUCUUUCUGGGCAAGAGGAAGGUUUUCCCAUGAAAGUGUCGCUUGGUAACGGCGAAAUGGGCGUCUCUGCCCAUUUGCAACCUUGCAAGGCAGGAACCACGCGCUUUUUCACCAGCAAUACUCACAGUUCGGUGGUGUUGCAAGGGUUUGAUCAGCUGAGGAUAGAAGGGUUGCUCUGCGAUGUGACCCUGGUACCAGGGGACGGCGAUGAGAUCUUUCCUGUUCACAGAGCGAUGAUGGCCUCUGCUAGUGAUUAUUUCAAAGCCAUGUUCACAGGGGGCAUGAAGGAACAGGACUUAAUGUGCAUUAAGCUUCACGGGGUGAACAAGGUUGGUCUGAAGAAAAUCAUUGAUUUUAUUUAUACUGCAAAACUCUCUCUGAAUAUGGACAGUCUGCAGGACACGCUGGAAGCUGCCAGCUUUUUACAGAUUUUGCCUGUUUUGGACUUCUGCAAAGUGUUUCUUAUAUCGGGGGUCUCUUUGGAUAACUGUGUUGAGGUUGGACGGAUUGCAAACACCUAUAAUCUUAUAGAAGUAGACAAAUAUGUUAAUAAUUUCAUUCUGAAGAAUUUCCCUGCAUUGUUAAGUACUGGAGAGUUCCUCAAACUCCCUUUUGAACGGCUGGCCUUUGUGCUUUCCAGUAAUAGUCUUAAGCACUGUACUGAACUUGAACUCUUCAAGGCUGCUUGUCGCUGGCUGAGGUUGGAAGACCCUCGGAUGGAUUAUGCUGCAAAAUUAAUGAAGAACAUUCGAUUUCCACUGAUGUCACCCCAGGACCUCAUCAAUUACGUGCAGACUGUGGAUUUCAUGCGAACGGACAAUACCUGUGUGAAUUUGCUCUUGGAAGCUAGCAAUUACCAGAUGAUGCCGUAUAUGCAGCCAGUGAUGCAGUCAGACAGAACAGCCAUUCGAUCAGACUCGACUCACUUGGUUACAUUAGGAGGAGUUUUGAGGCAGCAGCUGGUUGUCAGUAAAGAACUAAGAAUGUAUGAUGAAAGGGCACAAGAGUGGAAAUCUUUAGCCCCCAUGGAUGCUCCUCGUUACCAGCAUGGCAUUGCAGUCAUUGGAAACUUUCUUUAUGUAGUUGGUGGUCAAAGCAAUUACGAUACGAAAGGAAAAACCGCCGUUGAUACAGUGUUUAGAUUUGAUCCUCGGUAUAAUAAAUGGAUGCAAGUUGCAUCAUUAAAUGAAAAGCGCACGUUCUUCCACUUGAGUGCCCUCAAGGGACAUUUGUAUGCAGUUGGUGGACGCAGUGCAGCUGGUGAACUGGCCACAGUAGAAUGCUACAACCCAAGAACAAAUGAGUGGAGCUAUGUUGCAAAAAUGAGUGAACCCCACUAUGGCCAUGCUGGAACAGUGUAUGGAGGCUUAAUGUACAUUUCAGGAGGAAUUACUCAUGACACUUUCCAGAAUGAGCUCAUGUGCUUUGACCCUGAUACAGACAAAUGGACCCAAAAAGCUCCAAUGACUACAGUGAGAGGUUUGCAUUGCAUGUGUACAGUUGGAGACAAACUCUAUGUCAUUGGUGGCAAUCACUUCAGGGGAACAAGUGAUUAUGAUGAUGUUCUAAGCUGUGAAUACUAUUCACCUACUCUUGACCAGUGGACACCAAUUGCAGCCAUGUUAAGAGGUCAAAGUGAUGUUGGAGUUGCUGUUUUUGAAAAUAAAAUCUAUGUUGUUGGUGGGUAUUCUUGGAAUAAUCGUUGUAUGGUAGAAAUUGUCCAGAAAUACGACCCAGAGAAAGAUGAGUGGCACAAAGUUUUUGACCUCCCAGAGUCACUUGGGGGCAUUCGAGCUUGUACCCUUACAGUUUUUCCACCUGAAGAAAAUCCUGGGUCUCCUUCUAGAGAAUCGCCUCUGUCAGCACCUUCAGAUCAUUCCUAGGACUAAGGUAUACUACCUUUGCAGUGCAUCAUGGGUGGUCUCAUAUAUUUCCUUGGGUUGUAUCUCUUACCAUGAUUGGUACAGUUUAGACAAAAAGGUAAUGUCAUUCUUGUUGUUUGGCUUAGUUUAUCAAAUGACUAACAAAUACAUUCUGAAAAUGUAUUCCACUUAGCCAGCUGUUUUAACAAAUGACAGAAGAUGUGUAGAAAAUAUUUAAAUUAGAUGUCUUUGUGUGUUACACAAUUAGAUGUAUUGUGUAAGUCAAAUUGGAGGUGAUUGUACUAAGUAUAAUUAUGUUCAUUAUGCUUCAAAGUUGAAAGUUUCUUUUCAUCUUUGACUGCAGAACAUCAGAGAGGCAGCCUGUUGCAAUCUAAAGUAAAAAACAAACAAAAGGUUGCCAAAUAUUAGUUAUUGCCUUCUUAGAGUUUUUUACUUAACUCAGCAGAUGUGAUUCAACUCUGACAUUUUUUAGGAAAAUGUGAGAAAUUAUAAAUUCAGAAAUUUAUCUUGAAAAACUGUUAAAGCUCUAAGUCAGGGUUUGAUACCU